UCAACACUGAAAUGAAGCUUGCGAAAGAGGGAACGUGUUUAUCACUUGUGCAAAUUUCAUGUAAUUGGCUUCAGUUCAACCAAUCAGAACUUCCCAUUUUGUGUCACGCGUCACACACUCAACCGAUCGACAUCCGGCCCUUGAAAAUGAAAAUGUUCGUAAGCUUGUGCUUCCUCGUUUUCCUUUCAUUUUCUAACAGUUUAGCGUCGUCAGACCAAAGUGAAAGUCAACAGGUGGGAGAGAUAAUAGAAACUGUCAACGAUUUUGGUUUCGAUCUGUUGAAAAGUUUCAACCACGAGGAGAAACUGAAAGAUGACAAUCUAUUCUAUUCUCCAACCAGUAUUGUAGUCUCUUUGGCGAUGGUGUUCUUGGGAAGUAGAGGAAACACAGCGCAUGAAUUAGCGAAAACUUUGAAGUGGUUCUCUCAUGAAUUCGAAGACGUCCACUUGGCGUUGAAGUCGUUGCAGGAGGCCAUACAAGAAUCCGAGCACGAUAACCUGGAGCUGAAGAUCGCCAAUCGAAUUUGGGGACACGAGGACUUAGAUGAGACAGCCGAGUUUCAGGAAAGUUGCCUUACAUUCUACGACACACGCAUAGCUAAAGUUGACUUUAAGGAGAAUUAUGAGCGAGCGAGAGAGGAGAUCAAUGGGUGGGUAGAAGAAAAUACCGCAAGGAAAAUUAAGGGUUUUCUCCCAUCCGGAGCUGUCAAUCAAGAUACGAGACUGGCAUUAAUUAAGGCAAUUUAUUUCAAGAGAACAUGGCUUCAUACCUUUAAGGGCCCAUUAACCGAUUUUUUCGAGCCGUUGCUAAGGAAAAUUUAUUCUCCCUUGAAAAUGAAAAUGUUCGUAAGCUUGUGCUUCCUCGUUUUCCUUUCACUUCCUAACAGUUUAGCGUCGUCAGACCAAAAUGAAAGUCAACAGGUGGGAGAGAUAAUAGAAACUGUCAACGAUUUUGGUUUCGAUCUGUUGAAAAGUUUCAACCACGAGGAGAAACUGAAAGAUGACAAUCUAUUCUAUUCUCCAACCAGUAUUGUAGUCUCUUUGGCGAUGGUGUUCUUGGGAAGUAGAGGAAACACAGCGCAUGAAUUAGCGAAAACUUUGAAGUGGUUCUCUCAUGAAUUCGAAGACGUCCACUUGGCGUUGAAGUCGUUGCAGGAGGCCAUACAAGAAUCCGAGCACGAUAACCUGGAGCUGAAGAUCGCCAAUCGAAUUUGGGGACACGAGGACUUAGAUGAGACAGCCGAGUUUCAGGAAAGUUGCCUUACAUUCUACGACACACGCAUUGCUAAAGUUGACUUUAAGGAGAAUUACGAGCGAGCGAGAGAGGAGAUCAAUGGGUGGGUAGAAGAAAAUACCGCAAGGAAAAUUAAGGGUUUCCUCCCACCCGGAGCUGUCAAUCAAGAUACGAGACUGGCAUUAAUUAAUGCAAUUUAUUUCAAGGGUACAUGGCUUCAUGCCUUUAAGCCAGAGAAAACUCAUCAUGCUCGAUUUUAUACCGGGAAUGAUCAUAAGAAUGUUGUGGAAGUUGAGAUGAUGUCACACACCUCAAGGCACAGUUACUUUGUCGACAAAGAAAAUAAUUGUAAAGUUAUUGAACUUCCAUACAGUGGGGACGGCGUUGCUAUGUUGAUUGUCCUUCCCAAUGAAAUCAAUGGAGUUUCUCACCUCGAACAGGUGAUAAACACUGAAAUCAUGUCCCAAUGGAUUAUGUCGUUCACGAACACCACUGUAAAAGUAUCCAUUCCUAAAUUUAUCCUGAGUCAGCAUUUUGAACUGAAGGAGGUACUCAGUAAACUAGGCAUAAUUGACUUGUUUGAGCCUGGCAUAGCAGACCUGUCUGGGAUUAGUUCAGUUGAAAGCCUCUUUGUCUCUCGUGUCAUACAUAAGGCACACGUCGAUGUGAACGAGAGAGGAACAGAAGCCACCGCAGCAUCUGGGGUGGUUAUGCAGAAGAGAUCUUUAGACAUGCCUCCAGAGUUCUAUGCCAAUCACCCCUUUUUAUUCAUAAUCUUUCACAAGACCUCAAGCGCUAUUUUAUUUAUGGGUCGCGUCAAGAAACCUGAGAUGACUGAACAAGAAAAUGACACUGCCAAAAUUAAUUCCAAUUCUGCACAUCAAAGUGAUGAACUGUAAGUUUGGUCAACUAGUCUAAGCAAGUCUACAUGUAAGUAUCUUUCAAUAGAAAAAAAAAGAGUUUUUUUUUAACUACCUUAAAAGGCUUUAACAGAAUUCUUUGCUGCCCACAUCAUUAUUUGAUUUAAACACAUUUUUGUCACUAAUGUUAGCCUUCACUGUUCCAGCAAAUGGUUGACCAAGCUUUCUGGGAUAAGGUUGACGUUCAAUAAGCCUGCUUGCUAGCACGAGUAUUAGACUGGGGUUGAUCCUUGUUAAUGGGUAGAUCCUUGUUUAUCAGGCUUUCUUAAUGCAACUGCUUAAAUGAUAAGAAUCUCAUCAGAGACGUCUUUGAGAAAGAAUUCACACUAUGCAUUUGUACUCAUUGGUCUUUAAAAUAUUAUGAGAAAUAAAUAAAUAAUGCAAUUUUGUUAAAAUAAUAUUAUCCCAUUCAAUAGUUAUUGUGAGCAGCUCCUGGAGAAAGGCAAACUUCUAUAUGAUAUUAUCAGCAUGUAUAGUUAAACGCAACUUGCAAUGAUGCCUCCAAAAUCUGAGAUUAAAAAUGAGUAUUGUCCAAA